ACGCACAGUGCACGCUUGUUGGAAUCCGCGCCCAUAGCCUAUAUUCGCUUUUUCCUAUCCGUGACAGAGGCUGCAAAAAUGUCGAUCAAGAAAAGUAAAACCGUCGUUUUUGAAAGACGUGCAGGGGAUUUAACUGCGUUGUAUUGUAUGAAUGAUUGGGUGAUUGCAGUGGUGUUGGCUAUUAUUGCCAUGAUGUCUGUAUGGGCUGCACUCAUCAUAUACAGAUAUAUACAGACAGAGAUAGGUCAAAGAAGAAGAAAGGUUGAUGACGACACUAUUUUGGAAACUGAGAAGGAUGAAAAUGAGACGACAAACGAAGAAAAAAUACUGUCCUGUGUCGAGUCAACAGAGGAGGGUGAAGAAGAGACACUGGAGAGCUGGGAUGGAGAGGAAUGGAGGAGAGAGCCAAUGGAAUGGAUUCCAACAACCAGUGAGAAUGUAGAACCCUUUGAGGAGACCCCAACAAUACCCAAAGAGGAUGUAGAACCCAUUGAGGAGAUCCCAACCACCAAUGAGGAUGUAGAACCCAUUGAGGGGAUCCCAACAACCAAUGAGGGUGUAGAACCCAUUGAGGGGAUACCAACAACCAAUGAAGGUGUAGAACCCAUUGAGGGGAUCCCAACAACCAAUGAGGAUGUAGAAUCCAUUGAGGGGAUCCCAACAACCAAUGAGGGUGUAGAACCCAUUGAGGGGAUCCCAACAACCAAUGAGGGUGUAGAACCCAUUGAGGGGAUCCCAACAACCAAUGAGGGUGUAGAACACAUUGAGGGGAUCCCAACAACCAAUGAGGGUGUAGAACACAUUGAGGGGAUCCCAACAACCAAUGAGGGUGUAGAACACAUUGAGGGGAUCCCGACAAUAACCAUUGAUGAGGUAGAACCCAUUACAAGGAUUCGAACAACAACCAAUGAAGAUUUGGAACCCAUUAAACAGAUCCGAGCACGGACCAAUGAUGAUCUACAACCCAUUAGACGCAUCCGAACACUAACCAAUGAGGAUCUAGAACCAAUUAGACGGAACCGAACAGCAACCAAUGAGGAUCUACAACCCAUUAGACGCAUCCGAACACUAACCAAUGAGGAUCUAGAACCAAUUAGACGGAACCGAACAGCAACCAAUGAGGAUCUACAACCCAUUAGACGCAUCCGAACACUAACCAAUGAGGAUCUAGAACCAAUUAGACGGAACCGAACAGCAACCAAUGAGGAUCUACAACCCAUUAGACGCAUCCGAACAACAACCAAUGAGAGCGAUGGUCCUUACACGUGGGAGUCGUAUGCUGAGUGGCAGAUCGUUGAGGAGUUUCACCUCGGCUCUCAACCUCAAGAGCACUGUGAAGGCACAUGUCAGCACUAUGACGGUUUAUGUCAGGUCUGUGGAGGCUUGUGUCAUUGCAGUGAAUGCUUAUGUCAGUUCUACGAAGGCUUGUGUCAGGACGACGCCGAGUCCCAGACUGACCGUACCGUGGGUCAAGAGGAGCAGGCUUCUACCAGUCACUAUUCCCUCAGUGACAUAAAUUAUCAAUCUGGACAUGAGAAGGAUACAGAUGCGUAUAACCAGGACGAGGAGGAUUUGAAGGAAGUUGAACUGAGUGAUGAUUGUCAAUGUGAGAGCACAGAGGAGGAGUCCGAGGUAAACCAUCCACAUGCCUUUGCCAUCAAGCCUCAGAGAGAUCUGGAAGAGCUCAAUGAAAAUCUCCCUGACAUGAUAUUGACUGCCUCUGACCUUCAAGAACCUGACCGUGCGUGUUAUACAGAGAUACAGGAAGUACAAUACACAGAUGAUGACAUGACCAGCCAUGUUGUCUUUUCCAACGAAGAGAGGCCGGAGAUGACAUUGACUGACACUGAACAUGUGUCGGAUAAAGAAAGAGAGGAAGUAGAAUAUCCGGAUGAUGAUAGACACAGCCAUGUUGCUUUUGCCAAAGUCCAGGAAAGUGAAAAUCUACCUGAGAUGAAAUUGACUGAAACUGACCGGAUAGAACCGGAACAUGUGUAUGAGGUGGAGAGAGAGGAAGUAGAAUAUCCAGAUGAGGUAAUCACUGAAGGUCCAGAACAUCCCAGUGAAAACAUCCCAGAGAUAUUGAGUGACACUGACCUCCAAAAACCUGGCAAUUUAUGUGAAGAAGAAACACAGGAAGUAGAAUGUACAAGUGAUUAUAUGGACAGCCAGGUUGCCUUUGUCAGCGACACUCAGGAACCAGAACAUCCCAAUGAAUAUCUACCUGACAUGAUAUUGACUGACACUAAGACUAAAGAACUUGACCAUGUGUAUGAUUCAGAGAUACAGGAAGUGGAAUACCCAGGUGCACACAUGACCAGCCAUGUGCCGUCAGUCUCUGAUAGGACAGUAGAAGACGAUAUGAAAGAAGCUAUGGUAGAGGAUCUUGACAUGGAAGCUAUGGUAGAGGAUCUUGACAAAGAAGCUAUGGUAGAGGAUCUUGACAUGGAAGCUAUGGUAGAGGAUCUUUGGAGGAAGGACUGUCUACUUCAUGACUAUGUCAUUGACGAGUUGAGCCAGCCAACCGAUGUUAGAGACACACAUGUGUCUGAGAGGAAAGGAGACAUCGUUGAUGAUAACAGCAAGGACACGCGUGUAGAGGAGGAGAAGAAAAGACAGAGUGAUGAUACACGGAUAGAGGAGAGUUAUGAGAAAGUAGAAAUUAACAUAAUGGAAGCCACGAUGGACUAUAAUGAAUGGAUGACAGUCAGCGGCACAGAGGACAACAGUGACUCCCCAUGGGUGAGGAUAAGCCACUCGUCCAUCGAAUGCUCUUCUGCGGAGGCGGAGCAUCAUCCCACAGAAACACAUCACAAUUCAGGUGAUCCAACGGUGGCAUUCAAGGAGGUCAAAGAAACAGGAACCAAACCAUCUGUAUCGCCAGAUGGAGACCUGCGUAGGAAUAAGAAGAUGGCGGCUGUGCUUCCCAUCAAACCCAAGACUGUACGGGUGAGGUUCCGAGUCCACUACCGUACCCAGUCUCCCUGGCAGGAGCUGGCUGUGACAGGGAACCAGCAGGAGCUGGGGAGCUGGACGGGCUUCGUUCCACUGGAGAGAGCCCAGGACGGGUUCUGGGCCAGCUGGGUCGUCCUCCCCGCGGAGAAGCAGGUGGAAUGGAAGUUGGUGCUGGUGGAAGACGGAGAGAUCCUACGCUGGGAGGAGGGUGGUAAUAGACACCUGGAGACAGGUUGGGGUGGUGGAGAGGUGUAUCUCAACAAGUGGUGGGGCAGCCUCUGAGUGACCGGUUCCUACUGGGCAUCAACUGGUUGGAACAACACUGUUCUUCACAAAAAAUAUAUAUCAAUGUGAUGAAGUUGAAUCGAUGUGGAAAAAUAAUUUGAUUUGCAAAAAACGUAAAGUAAUUUUGACAUUUUUAAUAUUUUCUUACCCAAUUGUUAACCGAAAUCCUAUAACAAACACAGUUUGCAUGUUUGGGGAUUUGAAAACUAGACGUUGAAAUGACACCUGUGCCCAGUGGGGCAGCCUCUCUGUGCCCCAGUGAUAGGGGAGGGAAUGGCACUACAAUGGCACUACAAUUCCCAUUUCCAUACUAGCAUACUACUUAGAAUGCAUAGCCAUUUUACAUUUUAACAUUUUACUGGCGCUAGGGGUCAUAUAUAUGUAUGUGUAUAUAUAUGUGUGUGUGUGUGUGUGUGUGUGUGUAUAUGUAUAUAUACAGUGGGGAGAACAAGUAUUUGAUACAC